UUCUUUUUUCCUUUUUUUUUGGGGGGGAGAGAGCGAGAAGGUGCAGACUUGCUUCUUCCACCCGAACUCGCGCGAGAGAGGCGCCCAGUGUUCAGCUGAGCCCGCACUGCUCCGCGCGGCGUGGCACGGGCACGAUGCUGGCGGCGUCCAGGGUCUGGUCUGCUAGGCUCGCGUCGUCGCUAUCUCCACCCGCUUCCCCGCAAGCCUGCUCGCCUGCUGCUGCCUCCGCGUUGGCGGCGGCAAGCGCCACCGUGAAGGGCUCCGGGAUGCGGGCUCCUCCCGCUGGCGGCGACGCACGGCCCGGCGCAGGGUUCGGCGAGACGGGGAGUGGCGCGACCGACGCGGCGCUGCCUUGCAGUUCGUCCGGCGAUUCAAGGGAAGAUUAUCCCUUGAGUAGACUCGCAUAUCAAAGGCAGCCGGUGCCAUAUUGGGGCAACGUGUCUGGUGGUGUGAGCAGUCAUGUUUUUGGAGCAAGUUAUUCCUUACAGAAUCAACAAAGUUACAGAUAUUUUUCAUCUUCUUCUGAUCCAGAGAGGAGAUGGAGUGGAAGCAAGAUUAUGUAUGAUCUGCCUAGGAGUGUAAAAAUUGUGGAGGUUGGGCCACGAGAUGGACUACAAAAUGAAAAAGACACUGUACCAACACCUGUAAAGAUCGAGCUCAUACGAAGACUGGCCACCUCUGGAUUAUCUGUUGUUGAGGCAACCAGUUUUGUAUCUCCAAAAUGGGUACCACAGCUAGCUGAUGCAAAAGAUGUCAUGGAAGCAGUUCGGAAUAUUGAGGGUGUACGCCUUCCUGUAUUGACCCCAAACCUUAAGGGAUUUGAGGCAGCUGUUGCAGCAGGUGCAAAAGAAAUUGCAGUAUUUGCGUCAGCUUCUGAAGGAUUUUCCAAGUCAAACAUAAACUGCACCAUCAAAGAGAGCCUUGGUCGCUAUAAUGAUGUUGCUCUUGCUGCAAAAAAGCAAGAGAUUCCUGUCCGAGGGUAUGUUUCUUGUGUGGUUGGAUGCCCAGUAGAAGGACCGGUACCACCUUCAAACGUAGCUUAUGUUGCCAAGGAGCUUUAUGACAUGGGCUGCUAUGAGGUUUCACUUGGUGAUACUAUUGGAGUUGGUACGCCAGGCACUGUUGUCCCAAUGCUCGAGGCCGUUACCUCCGUCGUUCCUGUGGAGAAGCUUGCGGUCCACUUCCACGAUACCUACGGCCAAUCUCUCUCAAAUAUCCUCAUCUCUCUCCAGAUGGGUGUUAGCGUCGUGGACUCCUCCGUCGCCGGCCUUGGCGGCUGCCCAUACGCAAAGGGCGCAUCGGGCAAUGUGGCAACCGAGGAUGUUGUGUACAUGCUGAACGGGCUGGGAAUCAGGACGGGCGUCGACCUGGGCAAGGUGAUGGCAGCCGGCGAGUUCAUCUGCAAGCACCUGGGACGCCAGUCUGGAUCCAAGGCAGCGAUGGCUCUGACCAAGGUUACCGCGAGCGCUUCAAAGCUUUGAGGCAAAGAGUAGUUGAUGCUACAUCAUAGUAGCAUCUAAUUUCUAUGUUUCUUAAAUCCCCUAUUGCAGAUAAUAGCUGUAAAAAUGACAGUACCAAGAUGACAACAAAUAAGCAGAGAAGUGCUACCCUGACUGUGACAUA